AAUCAUUUCCUUACAAAGCAGAAAACAAGCGUGUGAAGAGCAAACGCUUUCAAAGAAAUGCAUUUGAAGUCAAAACUUUUUGAAUAUUUUUAAAUGAGAAAGUGACUUUAGUCUCUUCAGCGCAGAGAUAUUGCUGCAGCGUUACUGUGACAUUUAGAAACAUGUGACUCCUUUUGCCCCGGCAAAAUCAUAACCGCUUGAAGCAAGCAGGAUUCCUGGAACAUGUGAACUAUUUGAUUGAAUUAUGUAAACAAGUAGCUUCUUUGUGAUCUUCACAAGCAUCGUUUUUGACCUUUGCUUCAUCUUUUCUUUUCUUUUGUUUGGAGAUUUGUGUUCACAGUAUGUUGAGAGAAAUGUGCAACCCUGGCACCCUAUUAGUAUGCUAACAGUAACCCCUGCAGGCAGAAAGGGGAACAUGACAGAGGGAGCUGUUCUGAGCUGAACAACAUUUUAUUAAAGACAAACGGAAUUAAUUAAAAUAAUAUUUUAUCUUGUAUAAAUAAAAGAAAAGCAGGACCUGAAAUCCCAUGAUGCAUUUUGCUUUUAUCCUCACUGAUUUGUCUGUAGAAUUUAUGGCAAAUGCUAAACUUUUUUGAAUACUCCCACACGGCUGAUACCUCUGACCUUUUUGCUGUUGUUUCUAUUAUUCUUAUGUCAGUUUGGUCUGCCCAUGCAGUCCACAUUAUUGUUUUAUUCUGCUGGGCUUCCCACUCUGUUUUUUUUUUUAUGUGUUUGACUGUUCUUAACUGAACCUAAGUUGUUUAAAUAAGCUGUAUUCAACUGAACAUGUUUUUUUCUGAAGCAGAGCCUGAGAUAUAUUUGCCAUUAAACUUGUCUGUAAAUAUGAGAAAAGUUGUUCAAAUACAAUGAUUCCCACAAGCGUAACAUUUAGAAGGAGGAAUGUUGGUUAUAGUCAUCUAUUGUUAAUAUUUGUCAACCGUUCACUUGCAACAGAUAUUGAAUUUCCAUUUGCAACUUAGAAAUGAAAGUGUAUUUUUAUUUAACUGAGUAUUUUUUGUAUGAAUUAAAAGAAUAAAAUGACCACAAAGUUGAGAAAAUACGUACAUCUCAUCUUGAACCCACCUUUUUUUCCAACUCAAAACUUCCAACUUCCAGCUUUUUUAUUUUUAUUAAGCACAUUAUUCUAAAAGCUCUUGCAUCAGCACCCCUACUUUGUUACUUUCCCUCUGUCAACACGCUGGUUUCCAUGCCAUCCCAGCGCACAAUCUACAGAGCAAACACUCCAGCGAAACAGCAGAAAAGGGCAUUACAAUGGAUUAUUGGGAGGGCUUGAGAGGUGGAGGAAUAUGGAAAUGUAAAGCUGUGGAUUCUCAGGCUGGAAUACAGAAUGGUUAGAGGUACAAUGAAGAGGCUGUAGAGUAAGAGCUGUGUCAGCUUAUCAUAAGACCAUGAUUGUUAUUGAGGAUCCAAAUGUAGGACACACCAGCAGGAGGCAGAUAGUUGAGGUAUGAAGUUGCUUUAUUAUAAGAACAAAUGCUUCUGCUCAGCAGGAUUCCAAGCCCAAAGCCAAACAUAGAUAAUUGUCAUAAAAGAAAACAAAUAUACAGAAGAAAAUGGAGAGAGCCUUUCAAACUUGCAUUUCUGUGUAUUUCUUUAUUCAAACUGGUGUAAAUCAGAUGAAGAAAAUGCAUUUUGAGCUUGGUUUUCUUAAUAAAUGUCCUCCAUCAUAAGAAAUUGUCACAAAAACAUGUUAAAAACACUAAAAACAUGGUUUUCCUCAGAGUAGGUGCUCAAAGAUUACAGAUAAAAAAAAAAAGAAAAAAUACAACUUUAUAAUUAAUUAGUAACGUAGUGUUUCCUAAUCAAAUGUUGAAGUUCUUUAAGUAAAAAUAGGAAACUCUACUUUAUUACCUGUAUGAUUUACUUUACAGCAUUUAUUAUUACUACAUGUUGUCAAGUGUUGAUCCCUGCUUUAAAUUCAACAUUUCAUAUUGACAUGUUUUCAAAUUAUGACUGUUUGCUUAGAGUGCUUUUAAAACGUUGUUUUCAAAUGAAAGGCAGAAAAAUGUUUUUACUUUGCUGAUCUUUUUUGUGUGUUUUUGGUCCGACCUGCUCUCUUGAAGUUGUUUUUUAACUGCAUAACUCUGUGGUGACUCAGGAAUGACUUUGGGUUGCUUGGUGAUUUCUUGCUGUUGAAACCUGACACAAAGAUCGGACAUUUGGGACAGAUUGGCAAAAUGGUCAAUGACUUGCAGGUAUGGUCAAAUUAAUCCUAAUUUUAUUUUUUUUUUUCUCAUUUAAAACAGCUUUAUUGUUCCACUGAGCUGUUUUGGGACUUUUGAAAUAUUUUGGUGACAUGUUUUUUGCUUUUAUUUUUUUAAUGAGGUGGGUCAUAAAUUUUUUUCAUAUUUUUUAAAUAUUGAUAUAAUAAUUGAGUCUACAACUCAAACUUUUAGAUGCAGAAUUUUGGAUAAAAUCAGUAUUCUGUCAAAAAUGAUUAGAUUAUGUCUACUUUUAGUUGUUUUUAAAAUGUGAAAGUUGUCGUUUAUUUCUGAAAGAGGCCAGAGGAAUUCAUAAAAUUAUCGAACAGUUUAGAUGUUUUUAUUCUUCUUUCCUUACGGAGUUGAGGUCUCCAGCGCGCAUGCGUGUAAUCGAACUUCAAGUUACUGUAAAGGUGCGCUCAUUUUUAGAUGACGUCCUCCAUACGAAGCGCUGCCAAGGACGAAAAGUGUAAACCAGGGGAAAAAAAACGGGGAGAAAAGUUCCUGGAAACUGACGAGUGAGUCGCCGGGAAGCUGCGGACAGAUUCAUCACAUGCUCAACUUCUCUGCUGACUGUAUUUUUGACCUAAACUCCGACGGAAUUUGGAUUAUUUGUGCAUCGCUAUAUUUCUCUGCAUGCCAUUAAAGCUCGAAAACUUGCAGAGGCUAUUUAUCCGUUUUGGAGAAAGUGUUUGAUCCAUCAACUUUAGGUGUAAUCCCAACAAUGCAAAACCUUCGAUAACCCAACGACAAAACGACUUCCUGAAUCCGUUUUAGACAUGAGUGGGAAAGGUUGUCAGCUCAUGGUGUCUCCUUCCAGAGUGUCCCCACCACUAAAGAUGACCAGAGGCCACCAGUCCCAGUAUAUCAGGAUGCCGACAGCGUCCGAUGACCUGGUCAGUCUCUGCUCCUCCCUGGGGAGGUCAGAAGAAGUGAAAACGGGAAACGUGAACUCUUUUACCACUGGGAAGCAAAGCGGGAGCCAUGUUGUCUUGCCUGCCCUGAGUCUUCGCAGGCAAGUGCUAAUCAAUGGGAAACAUCUAAGUGGGCCCACUGCAUCCUUAGCUUCCCGUCAGCCGAAACUAACAAGACUCCUCCCACCUGGCAACAGAUCCAGAGAUUGUGAAGUGUCUGGCUCCACUGUGGAUGUAUUUGGAAAGGCAACUGAUGUUAACCUCACUGUGACCAACAGUCCCCUGAGUGUUGCAACAGGCCAUCGAUAUACCGCAGAGUUUCAUGCCCAGUCGUUUCAUAAUGCGCCGGCUCCCCAAAGUGAUGGCAGAUCCCUUCUGUCCAGAGAAUCCCUGGCAUCCACCACCCUUAGUCUGUUUGAAACACAGUCCAUGUUUAGUGGCAAACACGACUGGCCAUAUGGUUACCGUGUGCUUCCUCCCCUGGGAUCAUCCCACUGCUCUAACCAAGCCAACGAGGGCUGUGAGCAGUUCAGUCUCUCCCCAGGCGCUGCCAUGUCAGGCACAGCAAGCACCUCCGCCUCCCUCCCAUCAUACCUUUUUGCAUAUGAGACUGGAAGCCCCAGACAGACAGGUGCGAGGAAGAGACCUCUCUCCAUGUCACCUUUGUCGGAUCUUAUGGGUAUUGACUUCAACUCUAUUAUACGUACGUCACCCACUUCCCUUGUGGCUUAUAUUAAUGGUCCCCGCAGUUCACCAGCCUCCUACUCCACCGUCUCACCCAUUCAGUCCGAUGGAUACGGUCACUUCCUGGGAGUGAGAGGUCGCUGCAUACCUCAGAACCACCCCUACAGUUUUCCCGGUUCCUCCCAAAUUCCAGCCACACAGUUCGAAUGUGGCCGGAUGGAGAUGAUCGAAGAGGGAAGUAGUCUGGAAAGCCAGAUGGCCAACAUGGUGGUGAAGCAACAGUGCUUCCCUGAGGAAAUUGGGUUUCUGGAAAAGACUACAGACAGCGGCAGCCAACCUAGCAACAAUGUUCUUCUGUCUCUACAGCCAGAGCCAGCUGCAUUAUCCACAGUCCAGGAAGAUGCUGCUUCACUUGGGCCUCCACCACCCUACCACUCCCACAAACACGUCUAUCUUUCCAGACAUCAUUGCAAAGCUAAACCUCCCUCUAAAGACCCCGUCACACAACCCACUGCAUAUCCUCACAAGCAUGGAAUCGGUUAUUUACCCCAGAUUCCAAUGCUGGAAGAGGAAGAAGCAGAGUUGGAGGACUACAGUGCUCACUGCUGCCGAUGGAUGGACUGCAGUGCAGUUUAUGACCAUAAGGAGGAGCUGGUGAGGCACAUAGAGAAGCUACAUGUGGACCAAAGGAAGACGGAGGACUUCACCUGCUACUGGGUCGGCUGUCCACGCAACUUGAAGCCCUUUAAUGCCCGAUACAAGCUUCUCAUCCACAUGAGGGUCCAUUCUGGAGAGAAGCCCAACAAAUGCUCGUUUGAAGGCUGCAAGAAGGCAUUUUCUCGACUUGAAAACCUGAAGAUCCACCUGCGCAGUCACACGGGGGAGAAACCCUAUCUGUGUCAGCACCCAGGAUGCCACAAGGCUUUCAGCAACUCCAGUGACAGAGCCAAACACCAGCGCACACACCUGGACACAAAGCCGUACGCAUGUCAGGUUCCUGGCUGUGCAAAGCGUUACACUGAUCCCAGUUCAUUAAGGAAACAUUUGAAAUCCCACUCUACAAGAGAGCGACAGUUACGCAAGAAGAUGAAAUCCUACACUGAUGGAAGUCUGGACACACUUACAGAUUGUUUAACUAUCCAACACCUUCAGCCAAACACUUCCCCUCUGGCAAGCCAAGACAACUUAUCUCCUGGUGCCUCUCAUGACUCAUUCUCUGCUGCAGCACAAGGACACGACUCCUUCGGCGAUCCUCACCUGACUCAUUUGUUACCCAUUCAAGAUGGCCCCAGGUUUGCUGCACCUUGCCCUCAUCAAGUGUUCUCUGAGGACUUGUGUGAGACUUCCCCCUGCCUAACCACCAGUGGAUCAUUCCUUCAGAACAACUGUUAUCUACAGCAGUUCAGCCAAGCUCCUGGUGUGGCAGAUCACAGCCCAGUCGAGUUUAUCCUAAAGAUGUGCUGCUGUGAGCUGCUGGUUUCAAUUUUCCAACUUCACCUUUAAACAAAGCCCCCAUGUUCUAUCCAGACUUGACAGCUGCAAGGAUUUGACGUCCACAUUCAAGAGGAAGAAAUUACUGCUAAUCGGGAGCUGCACAGCGCAGAGUACUACACUGUUUUGGACCAUGGCACAAAU